UGUCAACAAAGUCGCGACACACAUCAGUCAAGUGCACAUGUGUUUAUUGAGUAACAAGGUUAGUUUACCAUUCAUUCCCGCUUAAAUUUUGUGGUGCAAAAACUAAUCAAGGAUAAAAAAAGACAUAAAACGUGACAGAAUGUCAUCGAACAUUCAGAGAGAUCCUGAUUCUACUGUAGAAUGGCCUGCAAAAAGAAAAAGGAAAACAAGAAAAUGUGAGGUUAUAAAGCAGUUGAAAGUAGCUGGAGCAGCCCAUACAAAUCAAAAGGGUAUUCAUGUACCUGCUAGAUCUAUAGGACCGAACUGUGGUAUAAAUAUUCAGAAAAUUUCAGCACUAGAUUUAGUACUAGUGAUUAUAAAAUGA